AUGCUUUACAAUAUAAUAUUGACGCUAAACCCACAUCCAACACCAUCCUCCGUUGUCGUCCUGCAAACAACUUCCCCGAACGAACGACGCCAAGCAGACGUUCCCACCACCACCACCACCACCACCACCACCACCAUCAACCACCCGAAAUCCCCGCCCUCUCGGAGAUACUCCCACGACGCCAUUGGCCGCAUCAGCGCCAGCCGGCCUGCGGUUCCCGACAACCGCCUGCUUCUCCCUCGAGGUGGGGUUUGGCUGAUAAGAGCAGCUGGCCCGAAAGGCGAAGGCGAAGGCAUCAGAAGAGACAAGCAGGAUUCGACAUGGCUGCGGCCACCUUGGAAUCUUGGUGCCAUGGCGCUCAGCUAA